GUUAAUUUGUUGAAAUGUAAAAAAACUGGUUAAGUGUCUGAAAUGGCAACACUGACGUACGUAUCCAUUCCUCGAAUUCUUUUUGAAAUCAGCGUAAGUCAAGUGAGUCUUUUCAUUUUCUGUUUCAUCAACAAGCUAGAAGUUAACCGCCAGAAUAUAUAAGGAAUAUAUAAUGUUGGAAAGUUAUUAUCUAUCUGUUAUCUGUUAGGGCCCGGCCACAAUGGUGAGCGCUGCGGUGCGUUUUGACAGUUAACCCAUGUAUUUUCUGUCAAAACGCCCCGCUGCGCUCACCAUUGCAUUGUGGCCGGGCCCUUAGCAUGCGCGUCAGCGGCAAUACACAAUGAACCAUAAAUCAAUUCACUUUUGGGUUUGCUCCACUCAAAUUCACACAAAUGCUACCUUCCUUUCAGUGUAAAAUUGUAAACCACCCGUGGGUUUCAUGAACUCAAGUUUGUUAUUUUUCCCUGGACUAUGUUGGAAGAACUCAAAUUUGGCUUCUUUUAUGUGAAAUCUCAAGUUGGGCCGAUGCAUCUCUCUUUGAUUUAAAUAUUGUUCAUGAGAGAAAGCGAGAAAACUACAGUAUCCCCGUUCAUCCGGCUCUCGCUAAUCCGACGACUCGUUAGUCCGGAUCUCGCUAAUUCGGAAUUUUCUGGAUUAAAAAGUAUCAACCCUCAUUUGAAUGCAUUAUGCUCUAAGUUUUCAAACUUGUGCUGUGUUUUUGUUUUGGUACAUUUGUGUGGAUAUGACAGUCGGAUUAUCGAGAGAAAUCUUUUUUGUAUCAGCCCCCCGCUGUAAUAUACUGUAAUUCAAUUUGAGCUAAAAAGUCAAGAGCUUAGUGUUUUUAUUAUACAUAUGUAUAUGUUAUGUAUUCCAAACUUAUUUUUUUCGCGUUAUUUCUAUGUCCUAAUAAAUAAUCAGCUUCGAAUGUUAUUGAGUCUAAAGAGUCUUCAAAAAAAAUUCGUCUUUUUUAAAUAUUAUUAGAGUUUACUUUUCACAACAACAGAGCAAAUUGUAAAUUGUGCAUAAUCUGCGACAAACAUUUUCACCUAAUUAACAGUUAACUGAACACAAAUUUUAAGUAUAAACCCCUUGUGAGAUGUCCUCUAAAAUGGGUGAAAAACGGAGACCUAAUCAUUACUGGUUGAUGGAUCCUUGGUACAACCAAAAAUACGUUAAAAAGCGCAUGAAAACAAACCAGCCCCAGCGUCUCAUCUUUGAGGAUAUUGACGAUAUUGUAUCGGAAGCCGGUGAAGAAUCACAAUUAGAUAACUCUUUCAGUAAUACCAUUAACAAUAAUCCCAUUGAUCAUGGCCAGUUGUCAGAUGCUAGUUCCAAGUCAACAGUAUCAGGCAGCUGUUUUACUGGCCUUCAUAGUGUUCCACAAGAUGAUCUGAAUAAUGCCACGAAUGAAGAAAAUGAUUGGUUGGAUGCACAAUGUGUGCACAACAGUAUUGCAAGUAUAUGUGACGCACCGAGCACAGUCUAUGACUCUGAUGAUAAGAAUAGCGAAGAUAUCUUUGAUUCGUCACACAUAAACGCGAGUAAUGAAUUUGUCAAAUUCAAGAAAGACAUUCGAAUUGAUGAUGUACUGCUUAUGAUACUUAAUAUUUAUAUUAAGUAUAAUCUACCACAGCAAGGAGUAGAGCACAUAUUACGAAUGUUCAACGUGAUCUCCACAGAUAACACCUUUCCAGAGUCUUUCGAAACAUUCAAACACAUGUUUCCAAGUAAUUGUAAAAUGGAGCGCAUUUAUUUUUGCCAAAACUGUCAAUAUGGCUAUAGCGGCACACCUGAUCCAGAAACUGAGUGUCCUAUAACAAAUUGUGGUGCAAAGAAAAAGGACUUUUUUAUAGUCUUCCCAUUGGAGCAGCAAAUUCGUGAAACGGUUUUGAAAUAUUCGCAACAGAUAACUGAUUAUGAAAAACACGUUAAUGAGAAUGACAUUUGUGAUAUUAACAAAGCAGAUGUAGCGCAGGCAAUAAUGGCACGCGAAGGCGGUAAAUUUAUAACGCUUUCUGCAAAUGAAGACAGUGCUGCGCCGUUCAAGAGUACGACCAAAAAACCCCUGUAUCCUCUAUUUCUAACAGUCAAUAAUUUGCCACCUCGAUUGAGAUUCGACAAAAACAAUCUUAUCAUUGCUGCCCUGUGGUUUAACGUAGGAAAACCUGAUAUGGCAUUAUUUCAUAAACAUUUUAUUCUUCAAACUCAACGGCUCCGCGAAGGAAUUAAAAUUGGAUCCGAACACUACAAAAUUAUAAUUCUUCAAGAUUGUUUGGACUCAGUGGGAAGAUGUGAAGUAUUCUGUUCGAAGCAGUUUAAUGGUAAAUUUGGCUGUACCGUCUGCCUUCAUCCCGGGAAAGUGAUCAACAAUCAAAUCCGAUACCCUCACCAACAAUCUAAGCUCAGAGAUGAUAAGUCUACAAGAAAGCUCAUGUUGCAGGUACAAAACUCAGAGAGACAAGAACCCAUUCUUGGAAUAAAAGGCUUAAGCGUGCUGACUGGUAUACCUGAUUUUGACGUAAUCAAAGGAUUGCCACCAGAUUAUAUGCAUUUGGUCAAUUUGGGCGUUAUGAAACUAAUAUGGGAACUGCUCUUAGAAGGUGAUGCCGACAAUAAAUCGCAACCUCACCAUGUUGGAAAGUACAAAGUGUUGUUGGAACAAAGAUUACAGAGCAUUCGAUUACCAAGCAGCUUCCCAAGGCGGUUAAGAAGUAUAUCUGAAUAUGCCAAGUUCAAAGCCAGUGAAUGGGAAACUAUACUUUUGCAUUGCAUUUAUCCUUGUUUCAUCGACCUGAUCCCAAUCAAGUACAUAAAUCAUUUGAUGCUAUUAAGCACAAGCAUAUUUCAGCUUCUCGAAUAUAAAAUCUCAAGAGUCACUCUUUCCACUUGCGAAAAAAAUUUGAAACUCUUCGUACAAAAUUUUGAAAUGCUUUAUGGGACGAAAAACAUGGUGUACAAUAUUCAUUUAACUUCUCACCUAGCACAGACGGUCCGGAAUCUAGGAGCUCUUUGGAACACUUCAUUAUACCCGUACGAAAAUGGCAAUAGUAUGCUUAUAAGAUUUCAGACUUCAAAGAACCAUCCUGUUCUUCAGGUGUCUCAAAAAUACUUAUUAAAUAGAGUAUGUCACUUCAGUGAAUCACACAAUUCACCUAUAAGAGAUUGGAUAUCGAAGGUUUGGACUAAUGUGCACCACAACGUAGAUUUUAGUGACAGUAAUAAAUUUGUUUUGCCGCAUAAUGUUAAUAUAAAUAUAGAGCCAAGAGAUAUCGAUUUUUUCGAGAUUGGGAAGUAUUAUCACAAAGGCGUUAAAAUUUGUUCAAAAUAUUUGUGUAAGAACUUUAGAUAUGAUGAUUCAUUUGUUUCUCUUAACGGAGAUUUCAUAAAUAUCGAUCACCUAUUGGUUGAUUCGAAUAAAAAUGCUUAUGUUCUAGGCACAGUCUUGAUAGCUACAAAAAUAUACGAAAACAUGUAUUCUUAUGAAAUAUCAGACAUUCAAGUCUUAAGGGGUAUCAAUGACUCGCUUCGAUUAUGUGUUAAUGUUGAAAUUUGUCAUAAGGAAGAUAAACGCAUAACUAAAUUCAUUUCGGUGUGUAAAUCAAGAACUCAAAUCGAUUAACGCCUUUCGCAUAAAAUCAAUUCAAACAUAACCUAAAAGUGAUAUAGGUAAGUUAAUAAUUAUAUAAAUAAUCGUAAGCAGCAAAAUUAUAUAAAUAGUCGUAUGCCGCAAAAAUGUCACUAAUUUUGAUAUGAAUUAGAUAUAAAAAAUCAUACGAAGAAAUAAAAAAU